AUGGGUAAGGAAAAGACUCAUAUCAACAUCGUGGUGAUCGGCCACGUCGACUCUGGGAAGUCGACCACGACCGGACACCUCAUCUACAAGUGCGGCGGCAUCGACAAGCGCACCAUCGAAAAGUUCGAGAAGGAGGCGCAGGAGAUGGGCAAGGGCUCCUUCAAGUACGCCUGGGUGCUGGACAAGUUGAAGGCGGAACGCGAACGCGGCAUCACCAUCGACAUAGCCCUGUGGAAGUUCGAGACUGCGAAGUACUACGUGACCAUCAUCGACGCACCCGGCCAUAGGGACUUCAUCAAGAACAUGAUCACCGGCACCUCGCAGGCGGAUUGCGCCGUGCUGAUUGUUGCCGCCGGAACUGGUGAGUUCGAGGCGGGCAUCAGCAAGAACGGGCAGACCCGCGAGCACGCAUUGCUCGCCUUCACGCUCGGCGUAAAGCAACUGAUCGUUGGCGUGAACAAGAUGGACUCCACCGAGCCGCCGUACCACGAGGCGCGCUACGAGGAGAUCAAGAAGGAGGUAUCCUCCUACAUCAAGAAGAUCGGUUAUAACCCGGCCACGGUGGCCUUCGUGCCGAUAUCGGGCUGGCACGGCGACAACAUGCUGGAGCCGUCGGACAAGAUGCCCUGGUUCAAGGGGUGGACCAUCGACCGCAAGGAUGGCAAGGUCGAGGGCAAGUGCCUCAUCGAGGCGCUGGACGCGAUCCAGCCUCCCUCUCGGCCCACCGAGAAGCCGCUGCGUCUGCCGCUGCAGGACGUGUACAAGAUCGGCGGCAUCGGUACGGUGCCCGUGGGCAGGGUCGAGACCGGCAUCCUGAAGCCCGGAAUGGUGGUGGUGUUCGCCCCCGCGGCCAUAACCACCGAGGUGAAGUCCGUGGAGAUGCACCACGAGGCGCUGCAGGAGGCCAUGCCAGGAGACAACGUGGGCUUCAACGUGAAGAACGUGUCGGUGAAGGAGCUGCGUCGCGGCUACGUGGCCGGGGACUCUAAGAACUCGCCACCCAAGGGGGCCUCCGAUUUCACCGCUCAGGUGAUCGUGCUGAACCACCCGGGCCAAAUCAGCAACGGCUACACGCCGGUGCUGGACUGCCACACCGCCCACAUCGCCUGCAAGUUUGCCGAGAUCAAGGAGAAGUGCGACCGCCGUACCGGCAAGACCACCGAGGUGGAGCCGAAGUCCAUCAAGUCUGGCGACGCGGCCAUCGUGACUCUGGUGCCGACCAAGGCGCUCUGCGUCGAGUCGUUCUCAGAGUUUCCGCCGCUGGGGCGCUUCGCCGUGCGCGACAUGCGUCAGACGGUCGCCGUCGGCGUCAUCAAGAGUGUGACGUUCAAGGAGGUGACUACGGGUAAAAUCACCAAAGCCGCCGAGAAGGCGCAAAAGAAGAAA